AUGUCAGUGUCUUUCUCUUCAACCUCGCUUCCGUUCUCUGCAUCUUCAUUCGCAUUCCAAAGACCACAACUUUGCUUCAAUCCACUCACAGUUGCAUCAGAUAACUUUCACUCAGCAACAUGUGGUCGUCGUCUUGUACUGGAUGCUGGAGGCACAAGCUUGUGUCGAAGGUUUCGUGGUUUUAAACUGUGGGUACUUGAGAGACUCAACUUUCAAUUCAAGUCACCAAAGCAACCUAAGAAUAGAAAUCGCUUCAAAAAUAAUUUGGAAAAUUCAGGUUUAUCAAAUGAAAAGGGCUCAAUAUCUGAUUCAUCUUCAAUUCUCCAUGUUCCUGAUGAUAAGGUCACUUCCAUGGAGUUUCCAUCUUUGCUGCAGACAGGUUUAGCUGCUACUCCCAUGGAUGUUAGCAGAAUACCCUCACUUUGCAUUGCUGUUAUAGGAGCCACUGGUGAGCUGGCAAAGAGUAAGAUUUUCCCUGCUUUAUUUGCCCUCUACUACAGUGGCUUUCUUCCUGAGAAUGUAGGCAUUUUUGGGUAUUCAAGGAAGGAUAUAACGGAUGAAGACCUGCGAUCUAUUAUAGCUUCAACAUUAACAUGCCGAGUUGAGCAUCAUCAUCAACUUGGGAAACUGCUUGCUAGAGAGAAUUGUGGGGACAAAUUAGAUGCUUUCCUUAGUAGAACAUAUUAUGUUAAUGGAGGUUAUGACAAUAAAUAUGGGAUGUCCAUGCUGAAUGCCCGAAUGGAGCAAAUUGAGCUUAUUAUCUACCACAGGGAGGAUCCAAAACCAACAGGAUAUUCUACCUUUCAGUGCCACAAGAAGCAGUUUUAG